UGGUUUCACACAUUUAGACGGCGCAUGUACGUAUUGAGGAUCAACUAAAGGCUCAUUCGUCAUGUUUUCAAGAUGCCUGCGCAAAAAGAUGAACAUAAGCAAUUGACAAAGCAAGACCGUAGUAUGUCUACACUUGGGACCAGCCAGCUUCGGAUUGCGUGCGUUUUCAGCGCUACGACCCACGCCACCAAAGCUGCCGAAGACGCUCUGAACAACGCCUGCCGACUGGUCAACAAUGUCACCCUCAUCAAGGUCAACUUUGAGAGGCUGGACUUUGGCGAGACCAAGGUUCUUGAUCGGUUUUACGCCGCUGACAUGGUGGUCGUGGACGUCUCGGUUGUCGUGCAGCAACGGACGCUUUUCUACCACAUGGGUGUCCGAGAGAGCUUUGGGAAGGAAAAGAAUGUGGUUCUGUACAAUGAUUCGGUAGACCCUGAAGGGACAUCUUCUCUCAUGCAAUCCUGCCAUGGGUCAGGGUACAUGUUCAUCCCUUACAAACUGGACUCCAAGAAUGAAUGUUACGUUUGUGACAUGGCGUGUGUCUUCAAGGUGGGACAAAAUCCUGAUGAAGAUCCGACUCUCUGCCCCCUCCUCACCGAUCGUCUUCGGGAAGCCAUCGAGGAGGUCCACAUUAGCAAUAGGAGUAAUGCGAGAGAAGUCUUGUUGAAUGACAUUCGCAAAGCAAGGAUGAAACUGAAGGGAGACAUGCUUGCUAAGGAACUUGGUAAUCUGAAAGCCAGGAUGGAUGAGCAGCUGUUAUUGAGUGGAGAUAUCGUUCAUCAAUUUCUCCUCUCCUACAGAGAAAUCCAGGAUUAUAAUUCCAUGGUGUCUCUCGUUGAAGCGAUUAAGCAGCUGAAGAAUGAUCAUGUGACUGACAAGCCCGCCAUUGUACAUCUCUAUGCAUUUGCCCUGAACAGACGGAAAAAGUCCGGUGACAGAGAAAAGGCAGUUGCUGUCAUAGAAAAGGCAUUAAAGAGUGAAGAGAAUCAGGUACCUGAUAUGUUCUGCCUCUGUGGUCGGAUCUACAAAGACAUCUACACAGAAUCCAAUUACAUUGAUACAGAGAGCAGAGAUCAUGCUAUACAUUGGUACAGAAAGGGAUUUGAGGUACAGCCUAAUGAGUAUGCAGGCAUCAAUCUUGCAACGCUUCUUGUGCUGUCCGGGAAAGAGUUCACUAAAUGCCCAGAGCUUCAGAAAAUAGGUAUGACACUGAACAACCUACUGGGAAAGAAGGGCAGUCUGGUAUCACUUGAAGACUAUUGGGAUGUAGCAACCUUCUUUGAGAUCAGCGUUCUGGCUGGUGACUUCUCCAAGGCUUCCCAAGCAGCAGAAUGCAUGUUCAAACUCAAACCACCCAUCUGGUAUCUGAAGUCUACACUAGGUAACAUCCAGAUGAUAUGUCGGGUAAGACCUACUUCUGAUGAAGAACCAACCAUUGAUCAACAACUCUUCAACUUUUGGCUUGAUUUCUUUGUAGAAGCUACCAAAGAGUCGACAACAGAACUUCGCUUUCCUGUCCUGGUCUUAGAACCAAGUAAGAUCUACAAACCUAGUUACAUUACUAUCAGUGAAGGGGACGAGACGCAGGAGAAUUCCAUUCGACUCUGGCAUGUCGGCAUGGAGAAAAAUUGCAGGGAGAUCAGUGAGUGGCUGUUUAAUUUAUCUUCUAUAAAAGGUGUCAGUACUUACAAGAGAGAUGAUCGCUGUCUGUUCCUGUACGUCCAGCAAAACGCAGAUGAUUUUCAACUCUUCUAUCCAUCCUCCAGUCAAAGACAAAGGUUUCACAAUCUGAUCAUGGAUAUGCUAGGCAGCAGUGCAGUCAUUGGAGGUGAGGUGGACUCUGACCUGAAUGAUGAACCUAUACAGGUCGAGUAUGAAUUGACAGACUCUAAGGAAAGGGUUAUUUUGGGCCGAGGAACGUUUGGUGUGGUGUAUGCGGCCAGAGAUUGCAGGACACAGGUGACCAUAGCGGUCAAGGAGAUUCCAAUUACUGAUGUGAGAGAAGUGCAGCCCUUACAUGAGGAGAUCUUACUACACUCAAGGCUAAGUCAUAAAAACAUUGUCAAAUAUCUCGGCUCAGAUACAAGUACUGAAGGGAACACAUUUAAGAUAUACAUGGAGCAAGUCCCUGGCGGGAGCCUGUCUGCAUUGCUGAGAUCUAAGUGGGGUCCUCUGAAAGAUCAUGAAGACACUAUAGUUUACUAUACAAAGCAGAUUCUGGAAGGUCUCAGAUAUUUGCAUGAUCAAAAGAUAGUCCACAGGGACAUCAAAGGUGACAAUGUACUGGUCAAUACGUACAGCGGAGUGGUCAAGAUCUCAGACUUUGGAACGUCCAAGAGAUUGGCUGGGUUGAAUCCAGCCGCAAGUUCAUUCAAAGGAACCCUUCAGUAUAUGGCACCGGAAGUGAUUGACAAAGGUCUUAGAGGUCAUGGUGCUCCAGCGGACAUCUGGUCACUGGGUUGUACUAUCGUUGAGAUGGCUACUGGUAAACCCCCUUUUAUUGAGCUUGGUUCACCUCAAGCAGCCAUGUUCAAAGUCGGUUUCUACAAGGAUCAUCCCGAAAUUCCAUCAAGCCUGUCAAACGCAGCCAAGGAAUUUAUCCUCAGGUGUUUUGAGCCUGACCCAGAGAAGAGAGCUACAGCCCAUGAUCUCCUCCAGGAUCCGUUCCUCAUCAAGGGGAAAAAAAUGAGCAAAAAGGGAGCUUCAGGAGCCGAUUACAGGACCGACAGAAGCAUAUCAAUGCCAAUGGUCAGUCCCAGUAGCCGUCCAGAGUCUCCCUUGACCAUAGCGUCGACCCUCUCCAAUUUCAGUGAAGCUGAUGCAGUCUCAAGUCUCCGGCUUGACAAGCGAAGAUCACUUGAGCUAUUAUCACCUGGAGUGUAUUCCUGGCAUAAUUCAUCUUUACUAAGCAGCAGUGAGGAUGGUCUUGAGACUCCUGUAACCCCUGACAAUCGGGAGCAAGGCGGGUUCUACAUGCUUAGGAAGGACAGCGAAAGACGUCAGACGUUACUCACCAUCAUCGAAGGCGAUGGCGAUAAGAUCGUCAAUGAAUGGAUGAAGAAAUUGCAGCUGACUUCUGAGAGACCACCAACCAAAAUUACAACUGCUCACCUGAUGACAUUGAAUCAUGGGAUAGCAGUGUUUAUCAAGCAGAGAGAACGAAGGAAGCUGGUCGAUGCUCUUGAGAAACUGCGGAAUGAUUUAGACUAUGACCCUACAGCUCUUGGUGAAAUUCAUACUGCACUCUAUGUAUUUCAGGAUUCGGUAAAUCAAGUGUUACGUCAACACAUGCACAACAUAAAACCGCACUGGAUGUUUGCAUUGGAUAACCUAAUAAGAGAUGCUGUACAGGUCACUAUUACCAUCCUCAGCCCAGAUCUUGGAGAGAACAUAGCCCCCAGCAAGGAGGAUGAUAUGCCCCCUGCCCACUCCCACGGCAUGGACACCCGCCCCCCUGGCACGUCCAGCGGGGACAGCAGGGGCAUCUACGGCACCGCCCACCACUUCCUCCCCCUCCCCAAGGGGGCGGAGGAAGAGGCGGGGAACACAUCGGGGGUGUCAACCUUUGACAGCUCCACCAGGUCCAAUGAGUGCUUCAUACCCAACCGGAACCUGAUGGCUAGCUUGCAGAUGGACCAUCAAAGGCUUGUCCAGGAGCAGGGCAGGUUACUUCAAGAGUUGGUAGACGUCCAGAAAUCUUUAAAUGAUGUCCUCCAAACCCAGCUAUGUGUUAGCAGAUCAGUCAUGGAAAGAAUAGGGUUUCAGCCUCUUGGUGCCAGUGACUCCGUCAGCUCUAAUACACAAGAUAGUAGAGGAGCAUAUGGCAGUGAACAGGAGGAGUUAGUAUCAUGGUUACAGUCAAUAGCACUUGAUGAAGAUAGUAUUAGAAGGUUUAUUGAAGAGGACUUUACCUUGCCAUUGGUUCUUAAUUCAAUGACUAGAGAUGACCUGAGGUCUCUGAAAAUUAGGGUCGGAGCUCAGGUGCGGAUAUGGGAUGCCGUCCAACAACACAGAAUGAACGAGCAGAAGAGAUGAAAUCAACCCCUUUAGACAACACCUCUCCUUUUCCCUAUUUCUUCCUAAAAUUGUCUUUUCUGCUUUUGAGAAGAUCAUCUUGUAUGUAAAAAAAAUUAUAUUUGGUGCAAUUUAGUCUAUUUGACAAGUAUAAGUUUUGCUUUGAUGCUAUUUCGGUGCAUAGAGUUGUGAAUGUAGAAUGUAGAUAUUCAAAGAUUUUGAAAUAUUUGGUAAAAUAACGUUACUUAACAUCUGUGGCUUCAUUACAUAAAGGAUUACUUACUGACUUUCUCUAUCCUGUUGUGUUGUCUAUACUGGUGCCUGUAACACAACACUUAGCAAUGAUCGUACAUUUUUCUACGAUUGUAACACAACACUUAGCAAUGUUCGUACAACAUUUUUCUACGAUUGGAUCCAUUGACUUAAAUGUAAAAUCAAUUGUGACAAUCAAGCGUACGAUCAAUCGCAAUUCUUUGUGUCACCUGAACCAGAUCGGGAUAUUUGAAAGAAAAAGAUGCUGAGUAGGAAUCCGGCCAAUAGCCUUGACUAGUCUUUUCUCAAACUUUUGUCAGGGCAGCCCUGUAGCCAGGACUUUCAAUUUGGGGGUUCGAUCCCUACACUUCCUCUGCUGACCAUUUUGACAAGCAAACAAAGAAGUUGAAUUUUGUCACAGAAAACUGUUUUCCUCCUUAAUUUGUCUUGCUUUUGAAAAUAUGGGAGGUUCAAUCGAUUGAGCCCCCCUUGCCUGGUGAGUGUUUCAUAAAGCUGUUCGUAAGUUAAGAGUGACCUUAAGAAUGUCUGGUGAUCCUUUUUUGGGUAUCAACCAAAAUGUUCACUGGCGAUGGUUUAGCGUGUAAGAGAGGAUCCCCAGUCGUUCUUAAAGUCGCUUUUAACUUACAAACAGCUUGGUGAAACUCCCACCUGUUCCGGUAUCACCAAGCAUAGUGAUUGAUCCUAAAGUCAAUAUGUGUGACAGAUUUCUCGUAACGAUCAAUGUGAUCCAUCAUAGAAAUCAGCUAUAGAUCAAACACUACGCUUUUUGAUACAGGGUCCUGAUGUGAUUUAAAACCCGUCAAAAGUUUGUGAUCUGAAGACGAGUUGCAGUGAUGCUCAAAAGUUAGUGAACCCCAACCAGAAAAUGAACGUAUUCAAAGUGUUCCAAGUUCUGCCAUGUUUUAGAUAUUUCAUUGUGAAGUCAGGUGAUAAAUAUUACAUUCAAUAAAGUUUGUUUCUCUGGGCUUGCUGGACAUUGUAGUGCCGUUGUCUAUAUUCAACACUCAACAUGAAGGAGUGCAUUUUGUGAAGGGGUUUAUUAACUGUUGAGCACAUUACUGUAUAUGUUGCAUUUUAGUUGACAUAAAACAAGCAAAAAUAAGGGGGAACUUAUACAACAAAUGUAUAAUGAGAAAAAAACAAACCUAAACUCAUGCUAAAUGCUGAAAAAUAUUUUGAAGGGGACACAAAUUAAACAGUUGUAUGAGGAAAAAACAUAUAACCCUAAACCAGGUCCAGCUUUUGGUUGUGCCCCCCCCCCCCUCCCCCUUGGUAAGUUCUUGUGAUUUGAGAUGGAGUCAUGGAAAAAAAUGGUUUUAUAUAAAAAUUCAGUAAAGGGUCAGGCCUUUUAUUGGACAUUUCAUUAUUUCAUCAUACAACUGGACUGUUUCAGUAUGUCACCCAUCUCUUUCUAUCCUCCCUUUAUUCUUCAAUAAUGUCUUUAUAUGCUGUGUGCUACAUUUAUAGAGUAAUUUGUAUAUUUUACAUUAUGGCAUUAGUUUAUUUAGAUACAUGUAUAUUGAGGUUUAUAGAAAAUGUGUACUUAUACAAAAAAUAUAGGCAAUAGAUGAAAUCAAAUCAUAGAUAUUGAUUAUAUCCAUAUACCACUUUUAUUCUAUAUGUGGAGUGCUCCAGGCAUCAAUUGUCAUUUCAUAGAUGUUUGUACUUUUCGUCAGCCACAAAACUUGCUGCAUGUUUACCUUUGAGAGAUGUUAGAAACUCCAAAGUAUGUAUGGCGCUGUUUAUUUUGUACCAGAAACAUAUACACCAACAGUUAUGCCAUCACAAUUACAAUCAAAUUAUCAAAUCAUUGUGUGUUUUUAUGAAACAGUAGAUGAAAAAUGAUAUAAAAUGCCUGUUUCUCUCGGUUUUCGUAGAAUUCUAGAAGAUCUGGAGAGAAAUGAUAUCUGUGAAAUAAGAAUUGACCUUGCACUUGCUCCAACAAGAGCCCCAGCAUUCAAUUCUGCAUAUUCUUCAGUGAUUGUUGCUGCACGUGAUCCUACAUGCGCUCUUUGCUUUAGCCUCAGUAUCCUGUUGAAAAGAUUACAUUUAAGUUCUGGUAUCACCUCCAAAUUUUAGAUUUGGUAUAGUCUUGUCAUUUGAUUUCAAUUGCAGGUAGCAAUGUAGCUAUUUGAUCUAGUACCAUCCAUUCUCCAGCUAACUUUAGUCACUGCACUACCGCACUGUACAUAUAACUUAUCAACAGUAUCAUUGCCUAUCGCUGAAAUGAAGAAAGACUUUAUUUAGAACUAGACAGUAUUCAAUUUAGAAUGCUUUGUAAUGUACUUAUCCAAACUUCUGAUCAUUUGUUGUGUGUGAUUUUUAAUGGAAUGUUUUACUCAUAUACACAUAGGUCUUAUUUGGUAGAGCAUUUCAUGAAAUGACUUGUCAGAGUUUUUAUCAUACAAGUCCUGUUUUAUGUGACAGUUACCAUAGUAACAGUGGUUCUCAGCCAAUCAAAAUGAGGGAAAGUUUUCAGAUCUGACAACAUGUUAAUGAAACCCUCCCCUAAACUCUGGUUUCAUAUCAUUACACUAAAAUAUUGACAAUUUGGUUUGAAAAUCAAUACCUUGUGUAAGUUAUGUCAAUGUUAUUAAAACAAAAACUAAUCAAGAUACAAAUGAUUUUUUUUUUCACUGCAAAUCAAGAGUGAAAUUUGUUUUGUAUGUGAUAAACUUUGUUUUAUAGAAAGCUCUUAUGUACCGGUAACAUCUUCAUCAUGGGUGAUUUUUUUUUCUGAAGGUGUUCAUGCACACCUCUUUAUAUGACACUAAAACAUCAGAUUGCAUGAAGAUCUGAAAUAACAAACAGGCAUCGUUCCCUUUAUUUUCAUUUCAAGAUUUGGUAAUUGACACAUUGUUUAUGCUUUUCAUGAGUCAAGUAGUAUGGAAAGCUCUCCUUUCGCAUGGUGGUCCUAAAAAAGCAAAAUUGUGCCACAUUUUCAUAGCCUUUACUCUGUUCUCAGUGGAAUUUGGCCUAAUAUUUUGGUUACCUCUUUUUACUCCCCAGUUAAACUCAGUACUUAGACAUGCCAUGUUUUAUUUAAGAAGUGACUUAACAAAAUCAAGAACUACAUGUAUAAACUAUCCGUUCAUUCUCUAAGUGAUGUUUUGUAUGAAAUUAUGUUAAAUGUGUAUAUUCAAUCAUUUCUUUCAUAUUGUUAUAACAGUACUUCAUUGAUAUAUGUCAUUCAUUUUACAUUAACUGCACAAAUAACACUUUGGCUAAUGACACUUUACAUAAUUAUAUACACAUUUAUGUAAUGAAUUUGAGAUAUUAUGCAUGUAAUACAGUUGAUAUAGUAAUGUGUGUGUGUGAGUUCCAUUAAACACUGCGUGUUUAGGCCUGACUUGUAAUGUAUAAAAUUACAAUGAAUUGACAUCUUCAAUCUUGCAGAUACAUUUGUACAUACUUAUCUGUACCAAUAAUCCUUUUAUUAUCCCAUUUCGAUAAAGAUAGUUAUGAUAUUCCAAUAGCAUACUUAGGGUGCCUUCCUCUGUCUUACACUGUAUACGGUAGUCAAUAACACUCAAAAUUACGAGUUAUAUUUCAAUUACUCGAAGGCAGGUAUUCAGCUUGGGUUAGUAUGUGCAGCUAGUCCAUGGGGGCCCGUAUCACGACACCAUCGCAAUUCUAAAGGAGCGUUGAGAGCAAAUAUUUGCAAAUUUCAGUUGCAAAUUUACAAGUGGUGGUCAGUUCUAACUGAAGCAAAUAAAAUUAUAGUUAUUGAUUCAAGAAGCAGACCAGCAAUCAUUUACAAAUUUGCAAUUAAUUGUCAAAAUUGUGAUUGGUUCUGGACCUAAAAUUGACUUGAAAUCAAUGGCAAGUUUCUUGCCACACUCCAUAAGUUUGUGCCUAAAUUGGAGAUAGUGACAUUGCUGAAUGUUUCAUUAAGCUUGCUCUACUCAAAUGAAGGAAAACAAACCUGGUACUAUUUCAUUGAAAGAAACAUACAAUAGGGUUCACUCUGACAUCGUGUUAGUUGCUACCUUGGUAGUUGGGCUUAGCACCCAAUCAAAAAUCAAGGUUUCCCCGGAAGUUAUCAUAAUGGUAAAGCUACCACAAUCUUUAGCCAUUGUGAAACAGGACUCUGGUCACAUAGCUUUGAUACAUGUAGAGAAACUGUCCCACACUUGGGGCCUUUUUCAUGAAACUUGUUAUAAUUAAUUUCUAAAAACAGUUUUAAGCUACUGAAACCAUUCAAUUUGAUUGGUUGAUGAUGCACUUGCAAUGGAAGUUGUGUAUAUUUUGUUAACAAGACUUUAUGAAAUGGGACUGUGAUUAAUAAACAUCUGUAAAACACACACACACACAGUUCAACAAGAUCAUACAUUGCAAGUGAUGGGUUCAGUUUGGCUCUAACCCAGGGAUGGCACCAUGCCCCCCCACAAUAUAACAACCCCCCCAAAAAAAAAAAUAAUAAUAAUAAUGAUAAUAAAAAAAAGGGUGGAGAAUCAUGAAGGGGAAAAAAGUAUAUUCAAAAGUGUGUGCUGGGUAGUGUCUAUACUUCCCCUAUUUUGUACAAAAAAGUCACUGUUAGGUUCCCCCCUCCCCGAAUGGCCCAGGGCAUUCCACUUUCAUUAGUAAUGACUACCCCGUUUUUUCUUCUGUGGAAUGAAAUUAGAGAAAAGGAUAUUGUGGCAUCACAAAUUCUUCAUGAAUUGUAUGAUAAUAGCUGACUUAAUAAUAUAUAGCAUUUAUAGCAUUUUUUGUACAUAUUCUUGUAAAUAUAGUUCAAAUGCUUGCCAAAUAUUUGUUUUGUAACAUAUGAUGAAAGAAAACAGGACAGUCUUGUAAGUAAGUUCUAUGGAUUUUUCCUUGCAGGUACGUUAAUAUGAAAUAUAUGAGUUAACAUUUAUUGUUUUAUCAUUGUGUGAUUGCAUGAAUACCUUAACGUCAAGUAUUGAAAGACAUGUGUUAUUUCAUCCAUUUUGUGUACAUUCAUAAAUACUCCUAAAUCAGUGUCGAAUCUGGGCAAAAUUAGUAUUAAAAAAAAGAAAGCACAUAAGAACUCAGAAAUCAUUUCUUACAUUUCUUGAAAUUAAAUGUUUUGAAUAUUGAUAUAAUGUUUCAUAAUUUCAGAAAGGUCAGUUCUACCAAUAUGUGGAACAUGGCAAUUAUGGGCAAAUGAUAUCAAAUAAACAUCUUCAAAAUUAUUUUCAUUUAUAAUUUAUGUCAAUUUGAAAAUUAUUUUAAAUGACUAUUAGAAUGAUUUCAAAUGACAAUUAAAACCAAUCCCUACAAAUUUCUUUCAUAACAAAAUAUACUGCCGUAAUAUUUUGUUUCAUAUCACGUUUACAAGGGCCAAGAAAAAAAUAAGCAAAAGAAAGAAAAUGUACAUAUCUUUAUAUUAUGCAUCAAUAUAAGCUGAAGAACUAUCAUACAUUCAUAGUUCUUUUUUUUUGGCUGCAAGUUUGUUAAACUCUGAUAAAUCAAUCAAGUUUUGUCUGUAGAUUGUCAUUGCUUUAAUUCUAGAAUGAUUACUUGCAGUGUGCUUUCAAAAAAGACCAAGGUUUACAAAUGUAUGUCAUGCUAAACUAUGCUGUUACAUAUACUAAGUUUUUGGUACUGAAUAUAGAUGCUUAAAAACAUGAUCAAUUUCUGUAGACUGCAUUGUCCGCAUUCAUCAGGUCAUAUUUGUUUCCUUUUAUUGAAUGCAUACUUUUCAUUACUGCCAUUAUUCAUGUUUUUUGUAUAAAUGAUUAAUACAUAUCGCUAAGUGAAUUGAUAGAAGACUACUUUUUUUCGCAUCCAUUUGCUCUCAUAUUAGUACUUAAUUAACUCCAGGAACCUGUUUCAUAAAAAGUUACAACUAUUUUAACUUUCUUAUAAUAGCAACUACCACGGCAACAGGGCUCACCAGCCAAUCACUAUCAAGGUAUUCAUUGUAUUGUAAAAGUUACGAUAGUUGGAAGUCUUGUGAAACAGGCCCCAGGUUACUUGAUAAUGAUUAUUUUAAUCACUAUAAUCACUAUACUUAACAUAUUAUAUUGCAAAUGAUAUAUAUUUGGUAUAUUUUGUAAUCUAUAUAACUUAGGAAAUCAACAUCAUGUUAAAUCAAUAUCUCCUUUGAACUCUAUUUUGAAAUAUAGAUUUGAUACACCUUUUACCAAAUGAAAUCAUGAAUUUUAAAUUUCAAAUUUUUAGGCCACUAGUAUUUUGUUUAAUCAUGUUAAAUGUUAUCCCAAUUCUAUUUCUGAUAAAGACAACAUCCGAACAUCUCUUAAUCAUUUUUUAAUGAUAUUUAUCAUUCAUGAUAUAUGAAGCUUAUGGUAUAACAUUAGACUGAUAGUAAGGCCAAACGGUACAAGCCAAAAUUUUGCCCCGAUCUUUUACUGGUAAUCAAUUAUGUUCUCUAUGUACUUUCUCAAUUGUUAUAUCAUGUGGAGCCUAUAAGUUCGGAAAGCAUGGUCAUUUUUUAAAUUGAUUUAUACUUUGUUUUAAGCUUUAUUUUUGGUAUUUGUAUUUAAUCCAUGAUUAUUUAAUUAACCUUAUGCCCUAUAUAUUAUCUAGCAUCCUUGUACUUGACCGGCAUUAUUGGCAUAUUAAUGUCCUUCGAUCAUUUAGCAAUAAUAAUUCUUAGAUUCUAAUUCUUUUCAUUGAUUUGUAUAGUUGAACGAUAUCGGGUUAAACAACGAACUGUUCAAGAGAGAAGUUGAAAAUCAAUUAUUUGAAAUCAGUUUACAUUUACCUCUGAAUGUCUUGUAUGUUGUGCUCCUUUUUGUUUGUGCCAUAGGGAAAUAGCUUCUUCCUUUAUUUGAAAUUUAUAAUGAGAAUAUGAGUGAACCAACAAAAUGAACAUUAUGUAAAAUGUGAAUAUUCUGAAACUUUGAUUUAUGUAAACUUAGCAAAAUACAUGCAUUUGGAAUGCAUUUUACUAUGUCAUUUAUACUUUAUUUAAUCAUGUAUUACAGCAGCUCAUUGCACCAUACAUGUUGUAAUGUUUUAUUCGGGUCUGAUUCUCAAAGAGCUGCAGUCAAUCUCAACUAACAAAAAUCCAACAUAAUUUCAAUGUCAUUCAAUCAGAUGCAUCCAUAUUGGAAGUGUGUUUGGGUUUCUUAGUUGCAUAUGAUUGUAACCAGCUCUUUCUGCAACAGAACCAAGAAAAAAAGUGACUUAUGAUUGUUAUCAUUAUUCAAGUGUGAUGAGUGUAACUGGUUUGAUCUGAAUAAGGAUUGUUCAGUUU